AUGCCUCAGAAGAAAGGCUCUGUUUUCACCCCGGUCCAAGUCUCCUCAGCUGGCUGCGUGAUCCCAGGUCGUUGGGUUCCUAGGUUGGGCAGUGUGGCAAAGUCGCAGGCAGAGUUGUCCCCAAUUACUAAUGAUGCGACCGCCCUCGGGUUUGACUUAACAGCCCUUGGCGUUGAGGAUGAGGAUGAUGGUAGGGAUACACCAGUCACCCAAUCUGGACUCCCCCCUGCCGGUGAAUCAGACGAGCUAGACAGGACUGCGUUGAAAGCUGAGGACCCAGCUCCAGUUCCCGGCACGCUGGACGGCCCAUUGGUGGGCUUGACUUCUGUAAGCACCUCUGUCCAACCGGUCUUUGCCACCCCUGCCACAGCAAUCCCCCCGCAUGGCCCUGCCGAGCCCGCGCGUGCCCGCGAGGACGCAUCAGAUCCCAAAGACACCACCUCUGACGAAUCUCAGCCAUCCCAUUUGGCCAUUAUGCAAUCCGAGGUCGCCCCCAGUCAGGAGUUUUAA